GUAAUGGGGCGGGGCUUGUGACAGAAAGGCGAAAGAGUGCAGAACGGCUUGUUGUGUCAGCAGCUGCUCCGGUAGAGGGAGGAAUAAAGUGGGAUUUGCGUUUGGCUGUGUUCAAUCAUUUCCCUUCCAGGAAUACUUUUAAUUUCCCUCUUAGGAAGAUAUGAGACGAGUUGUACGACAGAGCAAAUUCCGUCAUGUCUUUGGCCAGGCGGUGAAGAAUGACCAAUGCUACGAUGACAUCCGGGUCUCAAGGGUAACAUGGGACAGCGCCUUCUGUGCAGUCAACCCCAAGUUUGUUGCCAUAAUUAUUGAAGCCAGUGGUGGUGGAGCUUUUCUCGUUCUCCCUCUUCAUAAGUCAGGACGCAUUGACAAAUCCUACCCAACAGUAUGUGGUCACACAGGCCCUGUGCUAGACAUCGAUUGGUGCCCCCACAACGACCAGGUCAUUGCAAGCGGCUCCGAAGACUGCACAGUGAUGGUCUGGCAGAUUCCUGAGAAUGGCCUCGUGUCCUCCAUGUCUGAACCUGUGGUGGCUCUAGAAGGCCACUCAAAGCGUGUGGGAAUCAUCACAUGGCAUCCAACAGCACGUAAUGUCCUCCUUAGUGCCGGUUGUGACAACCAGAUCAUCAUCUGGAAUGUGGCCACAGGAGAGGCCAUGAUCUCCUUGGAGGACAUGCAUCCUGAUGUCAUUUACAAUGUGUGCUGGAACCGCAACGGUAGCCUUAUCUGCACUUCCUGCAAGGAUAAGGCAAUCCGGGUCAUCGAUCCCCGCAAGGAGAGCAUUGUUGCUGAGAAGGAGAAGGCGCACGAGGGCGCUCGACCCAUGAGGGCCAUUUUCCUCUCUGAUGGCAACAUCCUCACCACCGGCUUCAGUCGCAUGAGUGAGAGGCAGCUGGCUCUCUGGAACCUGCAAAACAUGGAGGAGCCGAUGACUGUCAAUGAGAUGGACACAAGCAAUGGAGUGCUGCUCCCCUUCUAUGACCCAGACACCAAUGUUGUUUACCUCUGUGGGAAGGGCGACAGCAGCAUUCGUUACUUUGAGAUCACAGAUGAGGCUCCCUACGUUCACUUCCUUAACACCUUUGUCACCAAGGAGCCUCAGAGGGGCAUGGGCUACAUGCCCAAGAGAGGCCUUGAUGUCAAUAAGUGUGAAAUUGCAAGGUUCUAUAAACUGCAUGAGAGAAAGUGUGAGCCUAUUGUGAUGACCGUACCAAGGAAGUCGGACCUGUUCCAGGACGACUUGUACCCAGACACAGCAGGACCAGACUCUGCCCUGGAGGCAGAGGAAUGGUUCGAGGGUAAGAAUGGAGACCCCAUCCUCAUAUCCCUAAAGAACGGCUACGUCCCGGGCAAGAACCGAGAGUUCAAGGUGGUCAAGAAGAACAUUUUGGACAGCAAGGUCAACAAGAAGACAGAGAACUCGAGCUCUGCCAACAAGCCUGCUUCUUCAACUCCAUCAAUUAAAUCUGAAGCAAAGAUGGAGGAGAUCUUGAAAGAAAUCAAAUCCCUCAAGGACCUGAUCAGCAGUCAGGAGAAGCGAAUCAUCAAACUUGAAGAGCAGAUGUCCAAAGUUGCCAUUUAAAGACCCUUUAUUCCCCCCCCUAUCCCACUACAAUUCAGGACGUUCCUUUAACUGGGAGGCAGGGGUGAGAAAGUCCGCCUGUCUUUCUGACGGCGUCCGGUCUGAGUCCUGCCAACCAACGAUCCCCAGCAACAUUCCAGAUGAACUUUUUCUUAGCAAGAUCCCAACCCUCAAUUUAACACAGGUGGAAUAAGAAGGAUUUGGUAAAUUUAGCAGAAAGUAAUUUUGCUUUUUUGUGACAAAGAACAUUCCUUUUAUUCUAAGUCAGUCUUUUAUUUUACCUAGUUGUAUUAAAAAGUCUUAAUUCGUCUCAUUUUAGACCGGCCAAAACGACAACAGUUCCACUUUUCUUUAGUAUAUCUGUACAAUUUUAAGUAGGUGCCAGGGUUUCAUGUUGCAGUGUCCCAAAACGAAAAUGUUGCCAAAUUUAAAUUGUUUACACCUACUGAACAGUAUUUUCUUUCUCUUUCUGUGAGGCCAUUUUAAAUACAAACAAGGAAGCUUGGUGAAGUAGACUGUUCAUAAAAAGAGGAAAAUGUAAUCAUUUUAAUACUUUAAAAACGGGUGAUGUAACUUUCAUAUGAACCAUGUUGAUAUUUAAAACUUUAAAAAAAUACAUUCCAGUUUUCCAGUCAACACUAUUCUCUUAGUUAAAACUGCACAAAUGCAUUCCUGCUUUCUGCAUACCUUUACUCCCUGCUACAUUUACAUGCACUCUGAACUUAGAAAAGGACAUUCCACUGAUCUUAUUGGCUGCUCCCGAAAGCACCAAGAACACUUCCAGCUUCCUCUCUCUGUAAACAGUCUGCUCUGAUCUGGUGACGCUGGUCACUUGGUUUAUGCUUUGUGUGCUGCACAUGGAAAGAACAGCAUUAACAUUUUUAAAUCAUUGCCACAAAGAAAAAGUAUUUGUUUUUGGAAGACGUGCAGCUUCCAAUCUCAGUGUUUGUUUUAAAUGGUCUCAGUAGUAGUCAGUUGUAGUUGGUUGUUUUUUUUGGGGGUUUUUUUAUCCAUCAACCCAAAUCUGUGUUUUCUGUACAAUUUAAAAAGAAAUGACAUCAUUUGAUUAUUUCAGAGCCUCUUAUGAUAAAGCUGGAUAUUGUGGAAGAAGUUGUUCAUGGUGAAAGGUAAAGACCUGAGAAUUAGUGGGUGCCUCAUGUUUUUGGGCCCUUAUGUGUCCAUCAUUUUGGAUGUUCCUGAAGGUCUGAGACCUGCCUAAAAUUUGGGAAAACUGAACAGUUUAGAUACCACUUCCAUGUUUUUUUUUUUUUUAUCCUGUUUCUUGUUCCAGCUGUGCUUUUAUCCCUCUUAGCACUUCCACGUUUAGAUCCUGUGAGUUAAUUCUGUCCUGACGUCAGUGUAGUUGUUCUAAAUACCAGAACCAUUGGACUGUCCAACCGGAGUUGUUGUGGUCCAACAGAAGCUCUAUUUUUCUGAGGUUUUAGAUUUGUUUCCCAGUGGGACGCUGAGACGGGUUAAUGGUUCAGUCUGUUGUUUGCCUUUAAUUGUUAACACUGUACAGACCUGAAAGUGCCAUAGAGGAAACCCUGGAAGUGAGUGUGGGAGGUUGAGUUGUGAAUGGAGGGAUUGAAAGGUGCCUGGAUUUAAAACCACUUUGAGGUGCUAUACUUCGUACUGACACACUGUUCCUCAAGUGCUGUUUGUCACCAAGCUGGAUGACACCAUGAUGUCCUGCCAGUCAUUCUGAACCUUACAGGCAGCAUUAAUGCUCUCAGUUUAAUCUGAGCAUUGAGCCACUGACAUUCUGACGUUUCUCUUCUUGGUACGGGUAUGAAAAAAUCUUUUUUUUUUAAAUUGAUUUCAAUCCAAGAAGUUGUCGGCUGUAGCAAAGCCUUGGAAGUCAGCGGCCAUCAAGAUGCACUAUGAGCAGCGAGUUGUGCAUUAAUGGUAACAGGAAAUCUAAUGAGGCUGCCGCUCUGUAGAUUUUAUUAAAUAGCGUUGGUUGGUGCAAGAACUUUAGUAACUAACAGCAAUCCAAAGGGACAAUGUAGGUGAAAGUGAUGCUGAAAGGUAGGUGUAUGUUUGUAAUUAAGGUCUAGAAAAAUGAGUGAAAGCUGUGUAAAUAUGAUCAGGAAUCAUUUUGGUUUUUUUUUUGUGGUUGUGCUAAAGAGGGUAUUUGUUUGGGUGGUGGGUUUUAAAUGUCUCCCCCUCUCCCCUCCUGUUUGUGUUCCUCACACCUUGCCAUACCACCAUAAGAGAUAAACAGAUCCUCCGUCGCGUAUGAAAAUUGAGAAACUAGAUCAGACAAAAGCCAACUGGGACGUAAGUCUCGGUGAGGUCUGCUCAGCUUCUUUUUGUUCAUUAUCCUUGCUUCAAAUAUCGGACAUUGAUUAUAAGAAAAUUAAUAAAGAAUUUUUAAAAUGA